AGACAAGAAACUCCAAUGAGUCAGAACUUCCAAUGAUCCUCGUCGUGUAUGAUCGAAGUACUUGAAAGGUUCAGGUUGUGCGCUAGUGAUCCACCAAGAUCUAUGAUCCAUCUUCGCAUAACCACAAAAGUAGACAACAACAAAGAUGUCCAGAGUGAGCGGUUUAUCCCCGAACAGGAGAGGUUCCUCCGCUGAAGAUGGUGAGAAGUCAGCCUUGCACCGAUUCAUCGAAAAGUAUUGGGCGCCAGUGGUGAAAGUUCUCAGCGAAGAACUGGGCCCUGGUCCUCCUCUUCUCAAACAAGCUCAUCUGACGAAUGCUUUCAAAGCAGGAACGCUUCCAUUGUGUCUCGGUUUGAUGUACCAUUUUCAGAAUUUUACCCCUACAGCCUGGACGUAUACGGCUUUGCACGGAUCUUACGGGAUCUUGUGGGUGCUGAAGGAGUGGUGGUGUCCGGAUGGGAGGUUCCAGCUGAAAAUGCCCUUUGGAUCAUCGUGCUUGGCUGUGUCUUUCCUCGUCGGCUACUGGCUAGCCCCGAUCAUACUGAUAUCCAAGAAACUCCAAGUCUCUGCGCCAAGACAGGCAUUAUGCAUCUUCACGUACGCGAUCGGAGUUUCCAUGAUGCUGGUAGCAGAUACGCAAAAGUUCUUCGCUUUGAAGUACAAUCGCGCAUUGGCGGAACAAAAGAAGCUUUUGAUCAAGGAUGGCAUAUUCUCGAAUAACCGGAAUCCGAACUACCUUGGCGAAAUGCUCCUAUACGGUAGUUUCGCAGGUUUAGUCCCUCAUCCGCUUCCUAAAGCGAUGCUUGCGUUUGCGUGGCUUGGGCUCUUCAGUGUCAACAUGUUCAACAAGGAAAGCUCGUUGAUGCGGAAGCCAGGAUGGGAGGAGUAUAAAAAACAGAGUUGGUUGUUUCUUCCGAAAUUGUUUGGGGGAGCUGGAGGUUCAGAGGAAGAUGAUCUGAAGGAUAAAGAAGAGUAAAGAGAAGGGUCCCGUAUCUGAGGCAUUCGCAGUUGAAGUUCUGGGACGGCUUGUGAGUAGAUGUCACUGGACGUUGAUUUUGGAUGAUGACGCAUGAAUUGGCAUUAUUUUGCUUCCACAGGACACAGGUGCAUUACUCCAUGCAAGACAUCGUGCUGUCAUAAAAUGUACCGAAGAAAGAUGUUCUCUCAAAAUGAAAAAUAU